AUGAGCAAAAACAGAACAAGUGGCAGCUCCUACCGACCAAUCCAGAAGCUCCCGGCGGCCAUUAUCCGCCCCGGCGGGGGUCAAGAGCUGCUGUCACUCAGCCAUAAAUGGCUGCCUGAGCUAAUGACGGAGGACGGGUCUGUAAAGUCCCUCCACACACAGUCACGUUCUCUGGAAACCGCAGACGGACGGGUUUUCGGCUAUGAAAAACUUUGCAUCUGCAGCGGUGGCAGACCGAAGCUACUCACCCAGGACAACCCCUACGUGCUGGGGAUACGGGACACGGACAGCGUCCAGGAGUUCCAGAGGCGCUUAUCCAAAGCCAGACGAAUUGUUGUGGUUGGAAAUGGAGGGAUUGCCUUGGAGUUGGUGUAUGAGGUGGAGGGCUGUGAGGUGGUCUGGGCGGUGAAGGAUAAGGCCAUAGGGAACACCUUCUUUGACCCGGGGGCGGCCCAGUUCUUCAUCCCUUCUCUGGAGGCCCAGAAACCGGAGGCAGCGACCCCCUGCAAGAGGCCCCGCUACACCACCGAGGACCAGCCUCACACCUUCACCGCAGAGAGCAGCUCCAGGGUUCGGGGCGACGCCCCCACAGGGCCGGGCAGCGCUCUGGGCCCCGACUGGCACGGGGGACUGGAGCUGAGGGGGGCCCAGCAGGUUUCCCGCAGAGUGUCAGUGGAAUACCAGUGUGAGGUUCAGCGGGUCCUGACCCCCGGGGAGCUGCUCCAUUACCAGGGCCCCCCCCAGCAGGGCCCCCCCCCCCGGGGGGGGGGGGGGGACUCCCCCCGGGCCCCCCCCCCCCACCACUAUGGGGGGGGCGACUGGCCCGUGGGGGUCCUUCUGACCAAUGGGAGGACGGUGGGCUGCGACCUGGUGGUCAGCGCCACCGGCGUGGAACCCAACACGGAACCGUUCCUGCACGGGAACCAGUUCUGCUUGGCGGCGGACGGCGGCCUGCAGGUGGACGACCACAUGAGGACGUCUGAGCCGGACGUGUUCGCGGCGGGAGACGUGUGCAGUGCAUGCUGGGAGCCCAGCGCCCUGUGGCAGCAGAUGCGUUUGUGGACGCAGGCGCGGCAGAUGGGCUGGUACGCGGGCCGCUGCAUGGCCGCUAACAUCCUCUCCGAACCGAUCGAGCUGGACUUCUGCUUCGAGCUCUUCUCCCACAUCACCAAGUUCUUCAACUACAAGGUGGUGCUCCUGGGAAAGUUUAACGGUCAGGGCCUGGGGCCCAACCACGAGCUGCUGGUCCGAUGCACCAAAGGCCGGGAGUACGUCAAGGUGGUCCUCAGCGGGGGGCGGAUGGUGGGGGCCGUUCUGAUUGGUGAAACCGACCUGGAGGAGACGUUUGAAAACCUGAUCCUGAAUCAGAUGGAUCUGACGCCGUACGGCGAGGAGCUGCUCAACCCCAACAUCGACAUAGAGGACUACUUUGACUAA